CAUUUUAAAAGGACCAUAUAUUUGGUAAAAACAAAAACAAAAACAAAAGGACCAUAUAUCUUUCUGAACGCAGGCUGUUCGAUUAAUUGUCUCAGUGAUCCCUCUUUCAUUACGCUUAAAUUUUCAGGUGUCAAGCCUUGAACUAUCUCCAAUCAUGAUGCUCUUAGAUGGAUUUAAAGAAAUUUUGAAGAUUCAAAAGUUCCGUAGAAUUGUGUCUUACACUGGGUUCUACUGCUUCACUGUUCUUGUCAGCUAUGCUUAUACAAGCAAUACAACUAGAGCUGGGUAUUCUAGGGCUGAUCAAUUUUAUGCGUCUUACCCAGCUGGAACUGAACUUUUAACAGACACAGCUAAGUUAUAUAAAUCUGCACUCGGCAAUUGCUUUGAAUCAGAGGAGUGGGGUCCAAUUGAGUACUGCAUCAUGUCUAAGCACUUCGAACGCCAAGGGAAAUCACCUUAUGCCUAUCAUGCACAAUAUAUGGCGCACCUUCUUUCUCAUGGACAACUGGAUGGAAGUGGCUAAAAUGGAAUGCGAAUCAGCUACCAAAUGAAUGGUGGACAAAAUUAUAAAGCUAAAAACUCACAGCAGUCUUGAUGUCAUCAGAUGAUGAAAGAACACCCGAAGUCUCAUUCUCUGAGAUGCAAGGAAUGCCUCCAGCAAUUAGUGUGUCAUAGCAAACGUUUUAAGUUCCCUGUACACCUUCAUAUUGACCAUUGAACGGCUAAAUGCCUUGUUCUUUUUUGAAUUAGAUGCUAUUUGCUAGUGUGAAAGUACCCACUUUCACAGUCACUUAAUUCAUAAAUAUGACCUCAAAAGAGUUAUAUUA